GCAAAAAACAUGAAUUUAACAUUGGAAAGGCCUUGGAGAACAAAAUUGUGGUGGGCUGGAGAUACUAGGGAGCUGUGGAGGGCCGGAGGUUUUAUUCUUAAUCUCAGUUUCAUGAAUAUCAUCUUUCGGGGACCAAAUUAAAGUUGCUAGUCCUAGAAAAAUCGCUGUAUGGGGUGUCAAAUUUCCAAGAUAGUAUGGCACAAGAGAUGGCUGAUUGGUCGGAACUUCAAUAUGAUCUGCUUGUUCUGAUUGCUGCACGUUUUAAUUUGAUUGAAGACUACCUAAAUUUUGGUGCUGUCUGCAAAUCCUGGCACUCUGUGGCCACCAAGAAUAAUUUUAACAAUGACCUGCCUAGAGCUUCUUGGCUGAUAUUAGCAGAGGAAGAGGAUGAGGGAAAUUCCUUUCGGAAAUUCUUCAGCCUCUAUAAUGGCAUGAUUUUGAAGAAGAGGAUCCCGAAACCUAGCAGAAAACGAUGUAUGGAGUCUACGGGUUGGCUUAUAACAGUCGGAGAAGAUGAGGGUGAAAUUAGUCUGCUACAUCCCUUUUCCGGUGUUCAGAUUGAAUUGCCACAUCAAAAUACCACUGAAGUUUAUAAGGAUCACCGGACUGGCUGGCUGAUGAGCUUUAUUCGCAAGGCAGUUUUGUCAGCUAAUCCUUCUCAUACAUCCGACUAUGUUCUCGUUGUCAUUGAGGGAGGCAUGAGGUUCCUCAGUUUCUGGAGACCAGGCGAUUUGAGAUGGACUAGAGUUAGAUGGGAAGGAACCAAUCACGAACGACUUGCUGAUUUGGUAUAUUUUAACGGCCAAAUUUAUGCCGUGGAUUAUUGUAGCCAAGUUCUAGUUUGUGAUGUUGCUGAUUUUGUUGGCCCUGAACCCACUAAAAGUCACAUCAUAACGCAGAUACCACCCAAACCUGGAGACUAUCGAGAACACUUAUACAUAGUAGAAUCACUAGGAUCAUUAUUUGUAAUUGUGCGAUAUGGUGUUCAAUUUAGGGCCAUCAAAGAUGAUUCCGACAGGAUUCCACUGACGCUCAUCCCGGCAGAACGUAUUGAGGAGCAGGAAGAGGAGCUAACAUAUGGGACGACAAAUUUUCGAGUUUUCCAGGUCAAUUUAGCUACUUGCAAAGUGACACAAACCAGGGAAUUAGGGGAGCGGGCAUUUUUUCUGGGUGCUAACUCUUCUCUUUCAGUCCAAGCUUCUCAAUUUCCAGGAAUCAAGCCCAAUCAUAUUUAUUUUACAGACGAUUUUUUCGAAUCAUAUCUCGGUUUUGCAGAAGGAGGAGGCUUGGACAUGGGGGUUUGCAACUUAGCGGAUGGCAGCAUCCAGCUGCAUUAUGAGGGUGUUUCCCUCAGUCCUGUUUGUCCUCCGACUUGGGUCACACCAACUUUGUAUUGAGUCAGACUCAUGUCUUAUUUAAUCUCUUUUUUAUGCUAUAUGUUAUUGUUUCACUAUAGAAGUGAUGUCUUUUUUAACAACUACAACCUGUCGUUUACCUUCAGAACUGAUUUAUGUAUCUUUCCUGUUUAUAAUGGUAAGUUACUUCCACUA